AUGGAUUCAUUUAAUUUAUCUCCUGAGAGAUUAACUUAACAAUCACCUAAAUCAAAUGAUAAAAGAUUCAAGUAAAAACUAAAUAGUAUCAUUCUUCCUGAUUUACAUGUAAAAUUUCUUAAUGAAAGCUUUGAAAACAUAAACAAAACUUAUGUUACAUCGAAUGAAGAGAAUGAAACCUAAGAUUAAGAUUAAAAAAGAUUAUCAAAACUUGCCAAAGCACAGAGAUUAAGUUUAUUGAGGAGUUUUAUUCAUGAAUCAAAUGGUGGUAGUAUUCUUUCUCAAGUUCAAUCAGUGUAAAGAAUUAGAAAAGAGAGUAAAAUUUCCAACAGUGUUGGUGGUAGCCUCCUUGGUGGUUUGAAAAGUAAAUUAUCUAAAAUAAAGAAAAGAGGUCCAAUUGUACCAUCCUAUCUUAAGGAGGACUUUCCAAAUAAAACAGUAUAACUUGCAAGAAAGGAAGCUAAGAAAAUGUUUGAGAUUAGCGAAGAAGCGACUGUUUAACAGUUCAACGACGCUUUAGAUAAGGUUGUAUACAAAAAUGAAGCUGAGCUAAGGUUAAAAAGAGAAAAAUAGUUUCAAAAAGAUUAAGCCAAGAUGGAUUUAAAAGAAAGACUUAAAUAUAUAAGGGAAGUUAAUCAAAAAAUGACGCAAGAUAAUGAGUACAAGAAGUUAUUCACUCUGGGAGAGAUAGAUCUAGCACAGGUUAAGAAUAGAGGAUUGAAUGAUGAAAGAUCAUUAUUGAAUUUUAGUAACUAAAACAAUAGUAUAGGAACUAUUUAAUGA